AUGGCGCUACGUUUAAAGAAAGACAUAAAGAAGGCAUCGUACUACGUGUGGUUCCUCGGCGCUCAGGAGUCGAGAGGUCUAAGGGGAGAGGAGUUUGCACUACCAGCUAUCAGAAUAUUGGAGGAAAGGGCCCGAGAUCUCGAGCCUUUUAAGGUUACGCUCCAGGUAUCCCACAAAGGGUUGAAGAUAAUCCAGAAUGUGACAGCGAAGGGCAAGCAGCAAACGAUCAAACAUUUCAUUCCUCAUGGCAGCAUCACCAGCGCUGUUGUGCAGGCCGACGUCGUGGCUUGUGUGCUACUCCUUUAUAAUCCACUCACUGGGUGUCCAGUACACGUGCAUGCUUACAGAUGCGACUCAGACCACACAGCUGAGAUGCUGUACACGCAUCUCCAAGCCUUGAUAGAACGCCCAGAGAAUCAAAAGAAGUUCGCCGACAUCGAGCGCAAAUUACAAAUGAGAGGCGCUCUGCCUUCUUCGAAGAAACCCCCAGAUUCAUCUCUGGGGAGCGAAGUAUCCCGAGAAUCGGAUUCUGGGAGUAACGAAGAAAGAUGCGUGGCCAAUUUGUAUGACAGUCUCGCUGCAGAGUUGAAGCAAAAGUUGUCUACAGGUAAAAAGGGCUUAGGAAAAAGUCCCAUCCUGUUACCACCGCGGGACUACGACACAGUACACCGACAGAAAGGGAACUUAAACAAUAUUGAUACACGUCGUUGCCUGAACCAAAAUAUCGUCGGAGUGAACGCGAGGAGGAAACUGGAGUCAUCUGGAGGAAGCUCCGGCAUCGGGAGUGACUUAGCCCCAUCACCAGAGCGGAAUGAGUAUAGCAGACAACAUGACAAUCACAGUACUAGUGAGGAAGACUGGGCCGAGAGUACAGCCUACAUGAUGCAUGAAGCUUUCGACGCAUCACCCCCACGCCGCGCCGCGUCACCGCGCCGCACCUCUCCCCCACGUCGCACAUCACCUCCCCGCCAAGCUCUUUCACCGCGUAACUACGACCGCUCCUAUCCAGACGAUUACGACCAGUACCGCGACCAAUUGGCUCCGUUUCGCGACCAAAAUACCUUUGAACGACGAUUCCGCCACGAAUCUUUGGAGCGUGUCACCAAAGAUAAGUUCCCGGAGAAAGAGAAAUUUCCAGACGAUUCAAUUAAUUAUAGACGAAGAUAUGUCGCAGAAACUAAGCCCUCUAACAGAAGUAUUGACAGAGCUGAAGAUCGAAGGUUUGGUAAACUUCAAAGAGGUGCUAGCGAAGGCAGCCUUAAAGUUGCAGAAACAUCCCCAAAAGACAGGUUCAACGUUGCAAAAGAAAAAUUCAUGAAUUUAGAACGCGAAAGAUUCAACAGAGAGCUUGAACAGCACAUGGCCAUAAGAAGGAGCAUGCUUGAAAGGAACAGUCGCUCGACUUCUUCCCCCGAGGAAGAAAGGAGAGACGAGCGACAAGACCGCCAUAGAGACGUUAGCUCCCGAAGAGAGCCAGAACGCUCUCAUCGUGACAUUGAGCGCCACAGAGAGCCUGAGAGGCGUAAGGAACCCGAGAGGAUCCGCGAUAUUGAGCCAUUGGCUCACAGGGAGAUGGAAAGACUCCCUCGCAUUGGAAGAAAGCGCGAUGAUACUAAACGCUUUGAGUAUGGCGCCGAGGAGUACCUAAACAGAAUUGAGCCAAAACCUCACAGGGAUGACUUCGACAGGUAUGAGAGAAGGGACAGGAGGGAAUUAGAUAGACGUAUCGACGAGGACGAGAUAAUUGAGCCAGUGAUCGAGGACAGAAGGAGAGACUGGAACGAUAGGCAAAGGGCAUUCAGCCGUUCUCGUCUUUUAGAUGAUCAGCGCCAGUCAUACGUCGAGGGAGACAGGGAGAGAUAUUACGACAGAGAUUACAGGGACUUCCGUGAGCUUGCUGACAGACAACAGACAAAAUUCCGCCACAGUUACGCGGAACCUAUACCGAGAGGACGUCUGGGUACCGUCAGACCUUACUGA